AUGGAGGAGCAUCAAACAAUUAAAAUUAAAGAAAUAUCAGAUGAUCAAUUCCAAAGAAUGAAUAAGCAUUUUAGUCCCAAAAAAGAAGAUAAUAUUAGGAAAUCAAACGAAAACCAGCAUCAAAAACCACAAAGAAGGAAAUUUAAACCUGCAAAAAGUACCAAAGCGCAAGAAUUGAAAGAAUUUGCUACACGUAAAAAACUUGAUAAUUUGGAAUUACAACAAAAAACAGAAGAACUCCAAGUAAAACUACGACAAGAAAAUAUAGAAAGGGAGAAAGAAAGGAUUUCUCCUACGAUAAAACGUUCUCGCUGCCUUGAUACCAAUAUUGGUUUGCUGAUCAGAAGAGAUAGAAUAAAAUCCACAGAAAGAGUAUAUAAUGAAUGGCUUGUUCUAAAAAGGCAAGAGAUCGAAUUAAGGCAGUCAUUAUUAUCACGCAUUGUUGGUGAUAUGACCACCUUUUCAAUUGAGCGCGAGAUGACUGCGUUACAAAGAGCUGAAAAAGAAGCUGCUCAAAAAGCAGCAGAAGAAGGAAAUCAGCAGGGAGAUAUUGCUCCAAAUGUUUGA